AAGACACAGAGAAGAGGUGAAUGUCCGCUGCACAUCAGAGAGACGCAUCAUUCAGCAACAGGAGACACAUCCGUAAAGUCUUCUCUGUUACACUAAAACGGUGUUAUUAUCAUUUGGUGAUAGCCUAGGAUUUGCCACCGAGGGGAAAUGUGUGUAUUUUAAAGAUGGAAUACGGCUUUAAGAGGAAUUUCACAUGAUCCCAGCAGCAAGUGACCUUUGCACAAAAUGACAUUAUGUCUUUUAGGUAAAAGUUUAAGGAGGUGGAGAAGGGGAUGGUGUCCCUCUGCAAAGAAGAGUCUUUUGUCCAAUCAUGCUCUGAAGCCCUUGGUCCCCACACUUUUCCUGCUGGUCUUGGUUAUAUACGGCCUGGGAGACAAGCUCAGAAACUUUGUGCUUGACAUCUUCGUCCCUCAGUACCAUUACCCCUAUGCAGUGGCUCUCUCCCUCGCCCAGGUUCUGAUCUCUAUCUUAUUCCUUAAACUCCUCCAUGUGCUGGGUCUGGUGCCUCUGAAGCCUUACUCCAGGUCCCUGGGUGAGAGGGUGCUGGUGCCCUCUAUCUGCAGCAGCACCCAUGCUGUGCUCUCCAUGUGGGCCAAAGCAGGCAGCUCCUAUGCCGGCCUCUUCCCCCUCAUGCUGCCUCUGCUCCCCAUGGUAACUAUGGGCUUCAGUUUCUCUCAGAAGCUGUCAUCUUCUCCGUCUAUGGAAAUCUCUGUACUUAUGUCCAUCCUGGGUGGGACUUCUUUCGUCAUCACAGCCUCACAGGGACUGCCAAGUGUGGAUCUGCUGGAGUACAUGUAUGCACCUCUGGAUGUAAUCCUCCACAGUCUGUCUCUGACGUGGCUGGCUAAAGUGUCCGAGGCUGAGCGCCACCACUCCCCCGAUGCCCAAGCCUCCAUUUUUGACAUCUACUACACUCAGCUGGUGAACCAGAGCUGGCUGCUGGGCCUGCUGUGGUUGCUGCACCCAGACAGUCCCUGGCAGGUGUUGACUCACAGCGGCUGGCAAAGCCUGCUCUUCCACGGGUAUCUGCACGCCAUUCUGCUGCUGGGCAUGGCGCUCAACUUCCUGGUCGGUAUGUCGGCUCUGUGUGUGUCCCCUCUUGCUGCUGCACUGCUACACUCAGCGAGGCAGGUGGUGCAGCCGUUCCUCCAGCUGAUGUAGUCCAUUGCCUCUUUUACUGUAUUAAUGGGACGCACAUACAUUGUUAUGUAAUCCACAUUAAUGGCCUCAGUGUCAUUUUACGGGAUACAUCACCACCUUUUUUCCAUACACAGUAGUCCCUGAGAUAAAAUACAGAAGUAUAUUGCAACAAGCUAAUGAUUUACAGUUGGCUCCAAUACAAUUUUGACAUGUUUUUAUUCUUUUAUUACCCAGUCCUUAGUUGUAGGGUCAAGAUUACACCAUUUCAAAAUGAGGUAAAUAAAAGAGUGUUGUUUCUAUUAGAUUACAUAUAUGUUUUACUAACAUGUACUCCAUAUGCCCUCAACACAUGUCUAUUUACUGCACUCGAUGCUCAUUAACUUGGGGGAACUUUGUUUUAAAAUAUUUGCCAGGAUGAGACAAUGUCUGAAGCAACUGAGGCAAAGUGAGCACGUGUAGAGGACAGGAAGCAGUACAAACAAAACACAUGAAUUCCAAACAAUAUUAAAAAAAAGACCUCCCUGUUCCAGUUAGGUAAAGAAGAACUUCUUGAAAGCAAUGAAAAGUCAUUAUCAGCAGUAUAGGUCGCAUUCACACCAGCCUUGUAUAGUCCAGUUGAAUCGAACCCUGGUGCGUUUAGCCGCUUGGUGCGGUUCGUUUGAGUUGGUGUGAACGCAGUCCGAGACCUCUGAAGUGAACUAAACAACCGGACUCUGGUGCACCUACAUAGGAAGUGUAGUAUUUACGCGUCACAAGAAGGUGGAUGUCUUCAAAUUCUUUAGCGAAAGACUCUUUCACACAGUUUUUGCACCAAUACAACAUUAAACAAGCAUAUUUGUUUAAUGUAGUAUUGGUGCAAAAACUGUGUGGAUUCAAAUAUUAUGGCUUUUUAAAAAAAAAGAGAUAAUUGGCUGAUAAACAACAACACCAUGUUCUUGAUAGCGAACACAGACUUUUUGACCAUACUGUAGCCUAUAUGUGAAAUUAUUUAUAAAACAGUAUUUAAGAUGAAAAUAUGUAUUUGCCAUGUUUGUCCUUGAAUGAUUCUGAGAGUUCUUUCAGAUGAUAAGGGCCCACGAUAAGGAACGUGGACACAGACCGUAGAAUAUGCUAUAUUGAGUUUACUUAACAGUGUUAAACAUUGUUUAACUCAGAUCCUUAGCUGAAAUAAUUUUUAACCAGAGGUUUGUUUGAAGAAGUUGCCCUUGAAUGAAUCUGACUGCUAAGGUCAGUCAGAUGAAAAGGGAUCGUGAUAACAAGUCUAGUUUACUCUUUAACUUAUUACCAGAAGCUAAAUAAGGACUUUGUUGAGACUCCAGAGAGAAUCUGUAUACAUUUAAUAAACUCAGACUUUAUUUCCAAAAAUAUUUAUUCUUAUUUUUAACAACCAAAUGUAAGUGCUUAAAAAACACCAACGAUACACACAUUCCAACAUUACACAGAGCAGCAUGUAUAAUACAUCCUGUGUAAACAUGAAAACGUUUCAUUUAUUCAAAUCACAAUUAUUUUGUAACUAAAUACUAGAUGCAUUUCUUUUGACACAGCCUUAUGGCAUGUUCCAAUCAUACAUGAUCGAUGGUGGCAUACUAUACAAAAUGUGUAUGCAUAUUUAUAGCAUGACUUGCACACCAAUAUGGACCAAACCAAAAUAACAAUAUUGUAUUAGCCUGACCAAAAUUGCAUUAUGCGAAUUUUCUGUCUAUGUCUGUUUUUUAUUUAUGUAUUGUGCACAUGUAUGAUAUUUGUGUACAUUUUAUACCAACUGUAAGCUACAAACAAUCCAAUCGUUUUUGUUAAUGUUUCAUAAUAAAAGGAAAUUAACCCAACCCAUUUAUGAUUUCUAAAGUAUACAGUUUCACAGUGUACACAAUCAUUUCAGUGAGAAAUACCAAAUGUAAACAGAAGUGUGUUGUUUACAAUAAAAGCUUUACAGGACA